CAGUGUCAUAUUGUUAGUCGUUAAAGUCAGUUGUAAACUGACAAAUCGUUAAAAAUUCACAAGUAGAAAUUGUGAUUUUGUUUUCGUAGUUUGGAAAUUGUACUAUUAAAUUAAUCAUCAACCAAGGACUACUACUCGCGAUUGAUAUUCGAUUAUCGUUAUUCAUUACUAAGUUUGUCUUUAUACUGUUGUAUGUACAUUAUUUGCGAGUGAUCGCUGUUCUUUCGAUUAUGUAUUUUUAUUUUCUUAUUCGUUAUUAAUUGAUAAAAUAACACAAAUAAACAGUCUUUAUUACUAAUGGACAAAGUAUUCGACAAGUGUUAAGUUUUCGUUAUAAUUUAUUUGUGUGAAACUUUCAAGAUGCCUGUGACACUCAUGGACAGGUUGCCCUUGCCGAACCUGAAGGUUUAUUCGGCGGGAAGUGUUUUACUGCUUUCUAUUGCAGCUUAUUACGCCGUUAAUGUAACUAGUGAUCCUAAUUGGAGAACAAAUGCCACCCUCCAAAAGCAGCAAGAUGUACAUGAUAUGGAUGGUGCCAGAAAUCUCACUGAACAAAUGAUGGAAGUGAUGACCUUUAUGAUUCAAGAGCCCCUGUGUAUGUGGACGCUGAUCAACAUGUCUUGGUGUCUGUUGGCGGUGGGUGGAUGGGCGGUGGUGCGCGCAGUCUUCGGGCGUUUGCGCGUAGGUGAAGCGCAGCGCGCUAAGGACAAGCUGUGGAACUAUGUGUUCUACAAGUUCAUCUUCGUGUUUGGGGUGCUCAAUGUCCACUACCUGGACGAGCUUCUCCUCUGGUGCGCCUGGUUUACGCUUCUUGGCGCGCUAACCAUACUUACUCAGCUUGCUAAGGACAGAUUCGAAUAUUUAUCGUCUUCGCCGACGUCGUCAACAUGGGCGCACGGGAGGCUAAUAGCUCUGCUCGCUGGCGAGCUGAUUGCCGGAGCUGCGCUGAUGGCUGUGGCAGCACGAUGGGGGCUGCCUGCAGGCCGAGACACAUUCGCCUUCAUGGCCGCUGAGUGUCUGAUAGCUAUGGUGCCUUGCGUGCACGUAGUAGCACGAUUCGUACUGCGAGCACGCGGUGUUGAUGCCGCCGGCUCCGCUGCCUACUACACGCAUCUUGUCUUCGACGCGGUCGGGCUAGUAGCUGAGACGGGUCACGUGGCCCACAUGGUGGUUCACAGCAACGCGGUAGUCUCUAUGGCCUCGAUGGUGCUGUUAAUGCAGCUGCGGCACCUGUUACACGCACUUCUGGCCCGCCUUAAGAGACAUCGCCUUUAUGCUGCGCUGGCGCACCAUAUGAGCCGCAACUACCCUAUGGCCAGCCCGGAGGAGGUAGAAAAGAACCAGGAUAACUGCGCCAUCUGCUGGGAACCCAUGAAGGAAGCGCGUAAGCUGCCCUGCGCUCAUCUAUUCCACAACUCGUGCCUUUGUCGUUGGGUGCAACAAGACGCAUCGUGCCCCACGUGCCGACGAUCACUAUCGGCCCGCCCAACUCCGCCGCCCGCUACGCUUACGCCUAUGUCUCCGCUUAAUCCACUUAACCCGCUCACACACAUUGGCUCCGAUCCGCCCGCCGCUAAUCAUCUUUUCCAUUUUGAUGGGUCCCGAUAUGUUUCGUGGCUGCCCAGUUUCUCUGUGGAGGUGACAAGAGUACCAGCCCCUGCCACCGCCACUCCCGCCCCGCAGACAAACACGCCACUGUCACCGCAACUGGAUGCAAUUAUUGCACAGGUGUCAGCUGUGUUCCCUCAGUACAGCGCAGCAGCGGUACGUGCCGACGUGUCCCGUACGCGUUCCGCUCACCUCACAAUCGAGAACAUUCUGGAAGGAAGAUUGCCCACGCCCCCUUCACCUCCCACAGAGAACGCAAGGCAAGUAAAUUCUGAGCCAGCCGCUACCGCUUCCGAAACCGUUGCUGACCUUCACAGCGCUGAGUCAGUGGAAGCGGAGUUUUCAGAGAGCGCCGCAGAACGCGAGAUGGCGCUGAGACGUCGUAAAAUGCAAUUACUUAACGCUGCCAGAAGACGAUACUUGCAAAGACUCCGCCCCAAUACAACAGAACAUGGGAUGAUGUCCUGAAUCACGAACCGGCUCUAAAUUGUAUGUUACUGACGUCAGGUGUAUCGAACUUUAUAUGACGUAACAGAGGUAAAUUGAUCUCAAACGCAUUCGUUUUAAGGAUAUAAAUGAUUAAGUGAAGCUUAACCUUUUCGACAAUUCAAAUUGCUAAGAACACGGAAUCGAUGUUAAUUAACUUGUAAAUAUAUGUUGGACAUUAAUGUAACCGCACAAAGUCAUCCUUUUAAGAACAUACCUUUUUAAUAAUUAUAAGUGAAAUUAAUAAGUACUUAAAAAACCCGUUUUGGAUGGGAUAGACCUUAAAUGACUUGUUUCCAUAGUUUACAAUAAUCGGCCUGGCUGUCGGCUUAUGUAAAAUACACAUCUGAGUUAAAUUUAGUGGAAGCCGGAAUGUAUUGUACAUUAUAACAAAUUUAAUUAUUACCAUGGCUUAUUAAGGUUUAACACCAGUUUAAGGAAACAAUAACCGAAGAUGUUUUAUUGCUUCUUUAAAACUAUUAUAAAACAAGGUCACUGUGUAGUGAAACAUUGAGAGGCUGAUUCUACAUUUAAAAAUUAUUGUGAUAGUUUUUUUGUGGUACAAAUCUAAACCAACAUGGGCGUACAUGAUAUAAAGGUUUAUUCCUGUAACCAUCUGUGCUAUUGAAAAUUUUAAUAUGAAAAUUGUUAUUUUAAAGCGAUGUUUAUAAUAUCAAAUUACUAACCUCAAGUCACCAGUGAAUUUGUGAUACCACAGAAUGCUCAUAUAUAUCUUUUUUUUAUUAUAUAAUUUCACUGAAAUUGUCAAUAGAUACAUUAUUUGUUGCUGAUAAUAUAGUAUUUUAUUUAAAUUAGAAUACAGUAACUAUCCCUAUCUAUUUCCAGUUAAGUGUUGCUCAUUUUCAUGGUUGACUGCUUUGUUAUUUUAACUAAUUAUAUGUAGAUAAAUUUUAAGAGUAUUUUUGUAAGAGUACCUUAUUUGAAAGUAUGACUUGUCCAUUAUAGAUAGUUUUCUCUAUCCUAUUGUCAUAAUUUUAUUUUUUUGUAGAUGGCAGACUUGCCAUAUAGUUAUAUCAAAUUGUAUAAAAUGAAAAAGAACACUUCCUUCAUUUAAAUUUUUAUUAUAGAUAUUAAUUGAUAUUUUAUUUUAAAACCUAAAAAAAUGUGGUUAAAUUUCAUUGAUUUAUUUUCCUAUUGUACAUUUGCACCAUCUUGUUAUUGUCAAAAUUUUAUUUAAAUACUUGUUACAUUUUCUAUUGAAAGCAGGUACUGGAUUGCAGAUUUAGUAUAAAUAACAUGAUGUAUUAAAAUUAAAUACUAGUCAAUAAAACUAUUAAAUAAACUUU